GCGAAUAGACGCUAACUCCAUCGUAUAUUGUUCGUUAUUGGUCAUUGUCGAGUAGGCCGCCUCCACCGCCGUUGGUGUUCACAUUAACUAUUAGAGUAGCUCGUUAUGUCUACAAGCUUGAUGAUGGAAGCGAGCAAGUUGUUGACAAGCAUGAUGUUGUGUUUGAUUUCAACAUUUCUGGUAUGUCAUGGGUUAGCUUCAAUGAAGCUGUGGCAGAACAUAUCAAAACGGGGAUAGGCCAGGAGGUGCGGUUGUUUGCAUUAGACACCGUCGAGAGCACAGUUGAUCUUGUACUUAAUGGUCAGCAACUGAAUUCCCACUUUAUUGGCAAUCAUUGGGACUUUGAGGCCAAGAAAUCAUUUCUGUUAGCUGAGGUUGUUACAUUGGAGGCACCCAAUGCAAAGAGGGCUCCAAAACAGCCAGCUGCUCCCAAACACCCGCGUGCUCCCAAACAGCCGCGUGCUCCCAAACAGCCGCGCGCUCCCAAAAAGCCAGCUACCCCCAAACAGCCAGCUGCCCCGAAAAAGCCAGCUCCCAAAAAGCCAGCUACCCCCAAACAGCCAGCUGCUCCAAAAAAGACAACUAACAAAUCUGUAGAAUGCAGUGCUAGCUCCUCUGUGGUUGUUGACAAUUCAAACUUGUCAGCUUUCGAGAUGGCACAGACAAUGGGUAGUCAAUAUAGAGUUUUUCCUGAUGAUGUGGAGUUUUCACCGGAUGAUGUUGACCACCCAGCCACAAUGCAAUCUCAAACUGUUUUUGAUGUGGUUGAUAGUACUGAGAGAUGUGAGUCCUCCGUGGUUAAUCAGGAAGAACCACUCAUAGAUUGGAGCUUGAUUGAGAUAGCUCCUCCCAUAACUGAAGAAGACAAUAUGUGUGAUCCUCUUGGUAUUAACGAUGUCGACAUUCCCAUAACCGAAGAUAAUAUGUGCGAUCUUCUUGGUAUCAACGAUGAGGCGGGCCCUGAGCCACCACCUUCUCCACCUAGUGAGGAAGUUUACAUGACCGAUGAGGAGGACCAUCAUCUUUUCAUUGAGGCUGCCAUUCCCGUGGAUGAUAGUGUGCCACCAGAUGAGGAGAUUGCAUAUGACAAAGAGAACCCGCAGAUGUAUCUUGGUGCUUUGUUUCCUUCAAUGAAAGAUUUUAGGAUGGCUAUCAGACAAUAUGGAAUUAAAAGGGAGAUCGACAUUUGGGGAUAUAAGACUGAUAAGAAAAGAUAUCUUGGCAAAUGUAGAGCCAAGGGUUGUCCAUGGAGGAUUACAGCCAGAGUGAGGACCGAUGGACAAAACAUAAGGGUUACCAAGAUUUCUGUGAAGCACAAGUGCUCCUCUACCGGUAGGAUAAAAAGCAGCAUGACAUCUCAAGGAUGGGUAGCACAGAGGACCGUACCCCUUAUACAGAGUGACCCUACAAUUGGAUGCAAAGAGCUGUUGGAGAAUUUGCAAGAUACAUAUGGCACUACAAUUGAGUAUCAUACGGUGUGGAAAGGCAAAGAUAUAGCACAAAAAGAGAUUUAUGGUAGCAUGAGGCAAAGUUUUCAAUAUUUGUUUAACUUCAAAGCGGAAGUUGAGAAGAGAUCCCCAGGCAGCAUUGUAGAGGUGGAUAUGAAGAUGGUUAACGGUAUGGUUCGCUUUAACCGAUUCUUUAUGGCUCUUAAACCUUGCAUUGAUGGCUUUAAAGCUGGUUGUAGACCAUAUCUUAGUAUAGACUCAACUGCACUCACCGGUAAAUGGAGAGGUCACUUAGCCGCUUGUACAGCAUUAGAUGGGCAUAAUUGGAUGUAUCCUGUAGCAUUUGCAUUCAUUGAUGGUGAAACCGAUGAAAAUUGGACAUGGUUCAUGUCACAACACAACAAGGCAUUAGGUCCUGUUUCCCCUCUAGCUAUAUGCACAGAUGCAUGUAAAGGUUUAGAGAAUGCAGUCCAAAAAAAUUCCCUUAUGCAGAUCAAAGGGAGUGUUUUAGGCAUCUCAUGGCUAACUUCUCUAAAAAGUUCCAAGGAGAUGUGUUUGGCAGAAUGUGGCCAGCUGCUAGGGCAUAUAGGCCACAAGUUUUUAACUACCACAUGAAUAAAAUCCUAGCAGAAGCACCUGAUGUGCAUGAAUAUCUCUCAAGGUACCACAACUUAAAAUGGAUGAGAUGCAUGUUUGACACCUCCAUUAAAUGUGAUUACAUCAAGAAUAACCUUGCCGAGUCUUUUAAUGGUUGGAUUAAAGAUUACAAAGAUUUGCCACCUGAUGAGCUAGCUGACACUCUUAGAGAGCUAGUCAUGAAACUUCAUGAGAAAAGGAGAAAGAUUGGAAUGAAACUGAAAGGAAAAA